GGGGUCGCUGCGGUUGGACCCGGUUAGCGUCACGCUUGACGCCGGGGAUUCCGGGAAGCCCUCCCGCCUUGGCGCUCCGGGACGGUCACCUUUCUCCUCGGAGUUCUAGCCAUCUUCUGAAGCUUGGCCCCGACCUCACCGCCUAGAUAAAGGCCAUGUCGCCCCCGGGAAAAGUUCCUCGGAAAGAGAACCUGGGGCUCCAGUGUGAAUGGGGGUCCUGCUCCUUUGUGUGUUCAGCCAUGGAGGAGUUCUUCGAGCAUGUCACUCAGCACCUGCAACAGCAUAUGCAUGGCACCAGGGAAGAGGAGGAUGACCCACUUGCUCUCAGGAUGGAAAGUAAACUGAACCUUGGAAAGUAUCAGACCAUUCCUUCUCAACCCCUUUCUGCAGAGGAAGAAUUUCCCUGUUUGUGGCAGGAGUGUGGCUUUUGCUCUCUGGACAGUUCUGCUGACCUCAUCCGCCAUGUCUAUUUCCACUGCUACCACACCAAGCUGAAACAGUGGGGGCUGCAAGCCUUGCAGAGCCAAGCUGACCUCAGUCCCUGCAUCCUGGACUUCCAGAGCCGGAACGUCAUUCCUGACAUCCCCGACCAUUUCCUGUGUCUGUGGGAACAUUGUGAGAGUACCUUCGACAAUCCUGAGUGGUUCUAUCGGCACGUGGAUGCGCACAGCCUGUGCUGUGAAUACCAAGCUGUCAGCAAGGACAACCAUGUGGUGCUGUGUGGCUGGAAAGGCUGUACCUGUACCUUCAAGGACCGGUGUAAGCUUCGAGAACACCUCCGCAGCCACACCCAGGAGAAGGUAGUGGCCUGUCCCACUUGUGGGGGCAUGUUUGCCAACAACACCAAGUUCUUAGAUCACAUCCGUCGCCAGACCUCACUGGAUCAGCAGCGUUUCCAGUGCUCUCACUGUUCUAAGAGAUUUGCCACAGAGAGGCUGCUGCGUGACCACAUGCGGAAUCAUGUGAAUCACUAUAAAUGCCCUUUGUGUGACAUGACUUGCCCACUGCCUUCCUCCCUCCGGAAUCACAUGCGAUUUCGACACAGUGAUGACCGGCCCUUUAAAUGUGACUGUUGUGACUACAGUUGCAAGAAUCUGAUUGACCUCCGGAAGCACCUGGACACCCACAGCAAGGAGUCAGCCUACAGGUGUGAUUUCGAGAACUGCAGCUUCAGAGCUCGGUCUCUCAGCUCUGUCAAGUCCCAUCACCGUAAAGUGCAUGAAGGAGACUCAGAGCCAAGGUACAAAUGUCAUGUCUGUGACAAAUGCUUCACACGUGGCAACAACCUCACUGUGCACCUUCGCAAGAAGCACCAGUUCAAGUGGCCAUCAGGACACCCUCGUUUUCGGUACAAGGAGCAUGAAGAUGGCUACAUGCGACUGCAGCUGGUUCGCUAUGAGAGUGUGGAGCUGACACAGCAGCUACUACAGCAGCUACAAGAAGGAUCAGAUCCAGGAGCGGCACUGAGUGAAAGCAGCCUGCAGGGCAUCGUUCUAGAAACAGUGCUGGGGGGGGCAGGACCUGAGGAAGAGGUGGAAGAGGAAGAUAGGGUUGAGGGAACAGCCACCUCAGCUUCUCAGGACAACCCCAGUUCUGCCAUCCAUAUGGUCAACCAGACAGUCAGCCAAGGCCAGCGAGAAAUGGUCUACUAUGUGCUAUCUGAAGCCCCAGGAGAGCCCCCACCAGUCUCUGAACUAUCCUCGAGAGAGAUGGAAAAGCUUCAAGGAAUGCCUGAGAAGCCAGAGGCCCGGAUGGUAUGAGGCUGCAAAGCUGACCACUCCUCCAGAUCUUAUAGUUUGAGCCAGACAGGUAGGGGUGCCCCUGGUGGGCAGCCUUUGUUUUUGGAUGCCUUUAGAAGCGGUGCUGAGAACAGUAUGUUCCCCUCUGACUCAGGUGGCAUCAGUCUAUAGACUCUGAGUACCCCCUCCCCCCAGUACUGUUCUUUGUGGGGAACCUGAGGAGUUGGAUUCAUUGAAGAAAUCCUACAUGAAUGUUCUCAAUAGAGGAGCUGUUACCAAGUUUAAGUAUACUCCCUUGGCAUGCUAGACUGAGUAAAUGUGUAGUCUAUACCCAUUCCUGUUUUUAGGGGUCCAAUGGCCCAGGGAUGAUUGGCUGUUCCUUAUGAGAGCUGUCUCCUCUCUAUAAGUAUUGAGAACCAGGUGCCAUUUCUCUCAAGGUUUCCUUUUACAUUCCAGGAACACUUGUGGUUAUCUUCAGGGAUAGGAUUGGAGACACUGUGUAUGUAUGACAGUUUUUUUUUUUUUGUUUUUUCUUUUUUUUUGGUAAUAAAAGACUACGACUACUUGGGCUCUUAUUUCUCAAGUUUGGUGGCAAUUUAACUAGGUAACAGAGAUAUAACUGUCUAGAAGUAGAGCUGAAUCAUUAGGCUUACCCCUUUAGUGACCAGGGUGGUUUAGCUGUCAUGUACACAUUUACUGGAGUAAAUCCAUUGCUUCUUGAGCAUCUACCAGCUUUGUGGAAAGAGGCCCCAAGUACUUGUCUAUGAGUGACUAUGAGCAGUGUUACAGAAUGGAUAUGAACAACACCAGGACCGCAUCAUCAGCCCUAAUUAGAACUCUGUACCUCUAGGGCAGGUUGGGGUUCUGGGACUGCAAAGGAAUCUGAUGGAGAGGUGGGUUGGGUGGUGAUCCAGAGAAUGCCAAGUUCUCAAGGGCCAGGAGUCAAGCUAGAAAAUUGUGUCUAUACAUUUUCCUAGAGAGUAGAUCUAUUUUCAUUGGAUAAAAAAAAAUUCUUAUGUA